AUGGUUAAUAUUACAGAGAAAAUUAAGGAGAUCGAGGAGGAGAUGAGGCGGACGCAGAGACUCACUGGUCCACGGACAGAAUACCAUCUCGGUCUCUUGAAAGGAAAACUCGCCCGUUAUCGUGCCCAGCUCCUUGAACCUGGCCCAGGCGCUGGCGGUGGUGGAGGCGCUGGCUUUGAUGUGAGCAAAAGUGGUGAUGCAAGAAUUGCCCUUGUCGGAUUUCCAUCCGUGGGAAAAUCUACGUUCCUCUCAAAAAUCACAAAGACUAAAUCAGAAGUCGCGGCUUACUCUUUUACCACCCUUACCGCUAUACCGGGAGUGCUUGAGUAUGGUGGUGCAGAGAUUCAGGUAUUGGACUUACCAGGUAUCAUCGAAGGGGCAUCAGAAGGCAAAGGAAGGGGCCGUCAGGUCAUCUCCGCUGCAAAAACGAGUGAUUUAAUAUUGAUGAUACUUGAUGCUACGAAAAAAGCUGAGCAGCGAGCGCUCCUCGAAGCUGAGCUGGAGGCCGUGGGCAUCAGACUUAAUAUGGAACCGCCGAAUAUCUAUCUGAAACCCAAAGCUGCCGGUGGAAUGAAAAUCACAUUUCAAACUCCACCCAAGUACAUAGACCAAAAAAUGGUUUACAAUAUCCUCCGCGAUUAUAAGAUGCUCAAUUGCGAGGUUCUAGUGCGAGAUGAAAACGUUACCGUCGACGACUUCAUCGAUGUGAUUAUGAAAGAUCACCGGAAGUACAUUAAAUGUCUUUAUGUCUACAACAAGAUCGACUCUGUAUCAUUAGACUUUUUGGAUAAACUAGCUCGAGAACCGAACACGGUGGUCAUGAGCUGUGAGCUUGAUUUAGGCAUACCUGAUGUAGUUGAUAGAUGUUGGGAGGAACUAAAACUUAUCAGAAUCUACACAAAGAGAAAGGGCGUUGAUCCAGAUUUUAACGAGGCGUUAAUAGUUCGAGAUAAAAGUACGAUAGAGGAGGUAUGUGAUCAGGUUCACAGGUCAUUGAAAGAUACCUUCAAAUACGCUCUAGUGUGGGGAGCGAGUGCUAGACACGUACCGCAGAAGGUUGGGUUAGGGCACAUCGUUGCGGAUGAGGACGUGGUGAGCAUUAUUUCAAACUGGAGAGCAUAA